GAGGGUGAUCAUGUCGAAGUAGUAAGCAAAGAAGAUGGAUUUCUUGGCUCUUAUUUCGAGGCAAUUCUGAUAUGGUACUUAUAUCUCAAUAAACAAUACAUUGUUCAGUAUAAAACACUUGUGAAAGAUGAUCUUUCUGGUCCAUUGGAAGAAGUUGUUAACCUCCCUGAACUCCGGCCCGUUCCACCGGAGAUUCGGGUAAAUGAGUUUAAUUUGUGUGAACAAGUUGAUGCUUUUGAUAAUGAUGGAUGGUGGAUUGGAAUGGUUACUGCAAAAAUUGGAAGGAAGUAUGCUGUGUAUUUUGAAAAUUUUGGGGUUGAAUGUGUUUAUCAUGUAAAGGAUUUGAGAGUUCAUCAAGAUUGGAUUGAUGGAAAAUGGGUUUCUUCUAAAGAGACUGAAAUCAAUGUUUGA